UUGAGAAUUCAACAACAUCGACACAAGCAGCAACACAUUAUGGCUUUAUCUACUCUUACUGCACCUCCGUGUAGAGCGGCUGCGAUUACAGGAACUACGUCUAUUGUGUCACCAGAGGAAACAAAUUUUCUACGAUUUGUCAAUCUUGUCCUGAAAAGAGCACCAAAGGCCCUUAGGGCCCAUUUUGAUACAGUUCAUCUUCCAAGUAACCUUGUUACUGACCUAGCGACACAGAGAACUACGUUGUUAUGCUUAAAAGCUAGAAAAGUAGUAAACCAGGUCCAGUUGGACACACUAUAUGGAGUUAAAAAUCCUGUGUCAAAAGAUUUUGAUGUUACACUUUUAAUCUGCCUUUUAGGAAACAUGAGUCCAUCUACACCAGCACCAGCAGGUGGAUUUGAUAUUUUACCCAAUCAACAAGACAUUAGUGUUGGUGCUGAUUUAGCAAGAAUAAAGUUUUACAGAAACAAAGUUGCCCAUUCAGCAGAUGCAAAGAUGGACACAAAUGAAUUUAAUACUAGCUGGACAGAUGUAGAGGGGGCGAUUGGAAGACUUGGGGACCCUUCAAUACUGAAUGAAACAAAAAUUUUAAGAUUCUAGCCAAUUGAUGAAUCUGAGAGAGAACUUCUUUUGGAGCUUCUUUUGGAAAUUAAACAAUUGAGGAUGGAACAGUCAGACACAAUCCCUUGGAAUGUUAGAGAGUUAAUUGAAGAAAAACUAGUGUCCUGGGAAGAAGAAGAUCAGGUUUUUGUAGAAAUAAAAGCGUCCAUAGCUGUUGAAAACAUUAUUAAAGAACAUCCAUGUGUUGUGUUGGUUGGCCAUCCAGGAUCAGGAAAAUCAGCCAUCAUUCAUCACAUAGCCUAAAAAAUGGGAAAAGAGGGAUUUUCUAUCAUUCCUAUUAACCGUCCCGAUGAAAUUACGAGCUAUUACGACCGAAAAAAUCCACAAGUCUUUGUGAUUGAUGAUCCGUGUGGGGAAUUUAUUGUUGAUGAACAAGCAGAUAAUGUAUGGGUGAAGUAUUCGAAAGACAUCCAAACAUGUUUGAAUUUUCAACAAAAGGAAGAUCAAGUUAAAUCAAAACUUUUCAAAACUUUUAGUUUCAUGUCGUUUUGUUCUAAGUCUUAGUCGAACAUUUCGUGUGAUAAAGAUAUUCUCCAAUUCCAUAAUCAGUUUAGAAAAUCAUGAAAACCAGUUAUCUGUAAGUGAGAAAAAGCAAAUACUGUCUGCUCACGUUCAACAUGAAGUACGCUUGUCUCAGCUGGUUUUCAAGAAAAAUUUUGAUUGCUUUCCAUACCUUUGUAAAAUUUAUGGUAAUGCAUUUACUGAUUCAGCAUGCAUGGAGGCCUUUUUUGAAAAUCCCUUCAUUGAAUUGGUCUCUAAACUCGAUGUAAUGGUUAGUGACCCUAGGUCAGAAGCCAUUCAUGAAUACUGCGGUCUAGUUUGUUGUGCUCUUGCAGAGAGAAAAGUAAAUUCAUUUGUAUUGAAUAGUAAGGAAAAUGUAGCUGAUAGACAUCUUCAAGAAAUUCUGAAUGCUUGUGACAGGAAUAUUGAUUCCUCGAAUCUACUCUCAGCACUGAAAAGGCUGAGUGGUAAAUACGUCAGAAAGGUGGGUUGCACAUUUUCGCUUAUACAUUCAAAACUUUUAGAAGUCAUUGUGUGGCAUUUUGGAAAAGGGUGGCCUGAAACAUUGAUUCUUCACUCAUCUACGGAAAUUAUUAAAACAGACUUAGACCUCUGGGAAGACUACAGGAGGAUUUGGAUUACAAAGAAGACCUUACUCUUUUAGAAUUAGACAAGAAGUUGUUGAAAUUCUAUGCUAAAAGAAUACAGAAUGAUAUCAGUCAAGGAAAUUUCAGAAAUAUAUUUAAAAACCCGUGGAUGCCAAAUUCUUUAAUAGAAACUU